AUCUGUCAUAUUCUCGCCAGAGCGAUAGAGAUACUUCAUUGAACCGCGGAGCAGAAGAAAAAAGGGCUGUGAAGAUACGAAGAGAAAGAGAUACUGGUCAGAGAAAGUCCCCGGACUUUACUUCUACUCACUCAAGUCUAUAAGCGAAAGCAUUGUGGCAGUCCAGGCUACUAUUUUGUCUCGAAUUAUGCGUGAUUGGUGUCGUCAAUAAAAGGGAUAUAUUUUUGGAUAACGGAACAAGUCUACUUCUUCAUGUAUUACUAGCUGAUUGAAAAGGAAGUUUUGAGCAGGUAUGAAAGAGAUUCCUAUGCACAGUAUGGACUCGCCCAGGAGCCAAUGGGAGCCCGGCAGGAAGCCUCCGUGGGUUGCCCGAUUGGCUGUAGGUAGGAGCCCAGCCUCCUCAGGGGCGGAGUCGGACACAGAGGGCAGCAGCACGGAGAGUGAAAGGUCCCGCACAAGAAGAUCUGCCUCGGGUUCCAUGAAGGUCGUGACCUCUCCCUCUAUGCUGCAGCAGCAAAUCACAGAGAUAGACCAGCAGAGGGAGGAGCUUAAGAUUGAGCUGCAGCUGGAGAUUGCGCUGUUGCAGGGGGAGCUUCAGGACGAGCGGAAGCAUUUGCACAGACACACGCAGCAGCUGCAGGAGCUGCAGGAGCACAGCAGGCAGAGGAGCACGCACACACACACCUCCAGACAGAGGAGCACGCACACACACACCUCCAGACAGAAGGAGCGUGUGCGUCUAGAGGAGGAGCGGGAACGCGUGGAGGAGCUGAGGAGGAGGUGUGAGGAGCAGGAGCGGAUGAUUCCCUCACAGCCUGAAGACCAGAGAGAACAGCUGCUACACCAGCUGCAGCAGGAAAAGGAGGCCGUGGAGGCGUCCGUGCGGGCCUUUGAGGACUGGGAGUUCCGCGUGCUGGAGCAGGAGAGUGGGAUGGACGGAGAGCUCACAGAGAGAGAGAAGGAGAGAGAGAGCGAGAGCAAAGGAGAUCUGGAGAGGGAUGUGUCCAGGCAGCUGCACGCUGUCAACGCUGCACAGGAACGGGUCCAACAACUGGAGAAGCAGUUGAAAGAGAUGGAGAGAGAGAGAGACAAACAGAUGCAUGCACUACGGCAGGAGAGGAGAGAGCUGCUGAAUGCAUCUCACAAGAUUUUGAAAGAGAAGAAGCCGCUUUCUGAUUGGGCCAACAUCACCAACUCCACCCCCUGCAUGAUGUCGAUGUCCCCACUGACCAUUCACAAAACAGCACAGGAGACCAGCAAGGAGACAGCCAGUCUGCCCCGCAGGCGUCCACCUCAUCGGGGCAAAAUCUCGGACAGACCCCUCUCAGUUCAGGUGAUCGGGAGGAUGCAUGGCGAUGGCCUCACCCCAGAGAUGCUGACCCCUCCGCGGCCACUCUCCUCCACCUCCCAUCGCCACAGCAACGGUCACGCCACCAACGGCCACCGGCACGCCUACAACCACACCAACGGCUUCCUCACACCCUGCAACAGCGCCAGCAGCUCACGCGCCGCCAGUCCCAGUUUAGGUCUGCUUGACCUUGUUGAGAUUGAGAGGAAACUCCGUGAGGCAAAAGCCGAGAGGGAGCGCUUACUGAAGGAAAGGGAGGAAUGGCGGAGGCAGGCUGUAGAGGAGAGGCCUCGGCAGGAUGUGGAGUCCCUGAGCACGGAGGGAGAUCAGACCAAGUGUGAGGUUAUGGCAGGGGUGGACACAGCGGAGGGAGAUCAGACCAAGUGUGAGGUCGUGGCAGGGGGGGACACACAGGAGCUCCCACUCAGCAACCCACUCCCAAAUUCACCAGAGCAAGGAGUUCCUCUAUCCUUUUCGCCGAACUUUGACCUCCAUGCCCACGUGGAGUCUUUGGGGCACGGCAUAACCAACUGUUUGGGCGUCAGGCUGUUGCCACGGCGUUGUGGAGGCUUCUUGACCAAGCGUGGUGGGCGGGUGAAAACCUGGAGGAGGAGGUGGUUCCUCUUCGACCUGGACCAUCGCAGAUUAGCCUACUACACUGACCAAGAUGAGAAGAAGCUGAAGGGUGUUAUCUAUUUCCAGGCCAUAGAGGAAGUGUAUUAUGACCACCUACGCACAGCCACCACAUCUCCACGACCAAGUCUGACGUUUUGUGUCAAAACCUACGAGCGACUUUUCUACCUGGUGGCUCCCAGUCCCGAGGCCAUGCGGAUCUGGAUGGACGUCAUAGUCACAGCGACAGACGAGCACUGCAGAUACUGACAGGAACCCUCAACCACGGACGAGUAAAGGUGGAACCGUCAAACCCCCUGAACCUCCGCUACAGCCACCCACGGUUUGGACCUUGUCGGCCUGCCAAGCAGCUAUCAGGGACCAGCGGCCUCUCUGAAGGACAGAGAGAAGUCAGAGGCCGUCUCGAGACCUACCAGUGUCAGUCCAUGUUUCUGCAUGUAACAUCUCUACUCAUGCAGCUCUCCAUAGAGCCCUGCACAUCUUCUUUUCCCUCCAUUUUAAGUCUGAGAGGACAAAGUGCUGCCUGCCGCCAUGUCCACCCCCACACCCUCCACCUCCCUGGAGAGUCCCGUUGGCAUUCCACAGGGUCUUGGCAUAAAGACGUCACAAAAAUCCAGAGACCUUCGGGACUGAGGCUCCAAUUUAGGCACAGGGUGAGGGAGCACAGAGGAGCCUGGUGCCCGCUGAGAGGCCUCAGGCUGGCAUUUCUGUCUGUGGCAACGUAAUGUAAGGGCUGCUUUGAGGGAGAGUGACAUCAUCAUCGACGAGGAAGAAUGUUAUGAGGAGACAUGUUACAGAGUGCUGGAUGGAACGAAAACUCACAAAAAAACAGAAAGCUUCCAGCUGCUUUGCUGAUGACAUGAUCUGUGGUGUGGUCAGCCUGUCAAACGAGCCCCGCGAUCAUCACCAUGAAUGUGGGGAUUCAGCGCCCUCUAGUGGUGCGGCCAAACUUGACUUAUUUUUCCUUUACAGUACACCUACACAUACACAUACACAUACACAAAGCACUACAAGGUACACAUACACAUACACAUACACAUACAUAUACACAUACACAUACAUAUACACAUACACAUACACAAAACACAUACA